UCCCUUAACUCUAGACUUGAAUUUACAUGUACAUGUAAACUUUGGCCAGUAGAGCUAAAAAAUGCGAUCUGAUCUUUUGUCAGCAGUCUUAAAUCACUGGUUUGCAGAUGUUUACGCAAAAAUUGCUCAUUUCAAGACAAAAAUAAAAAAAAAAGUUAUAAAAACGGUAAAUCUGUGAGAGUGCAGCUUUAAUCACAAAGCGUGAAUUGUCUUGUAUAAAAAAUAACAGACGCUAAAACAUACACCAUUUCAUAAUGCAUCCUGCAUCGUUAAACCACUACGUCCUUUGUCGUUCUAUAAUUAUAGUGAGUUGAAUGUAAUUCAGAAACAAUUGAGGCUGGCAAAACGGAUGCAACAGGAAGUGUGAGACCAACGUGACUUGUAGAUCAAGUAAACAAUCGUUCAGAUAGUGGAUACUGGAUGUUAAAUGAAACGAGGCAAAACAGACGCGUAUAAAACAGAAAAUUGGAAAAAAACAUGACUUGUUUCCAAGUUUAAAUGAUUUGCCAUGUAUCUGUGCCAAGAGGAUACUCUGCGGAAGAAUCGGGUCAGUUUCACCUCUGACCUUGACCCAAGAGGACCAGUGCUGGAUUCACUUAUUCAGGACGGUAUUCUCACCGACAACGAUGCCCAAGUUAUCACUUCGUCUGCUACGCAAAGAGAGCGGGUACGGAAACUGCUCUCGAUUCUUCCAACCAGAGGUCCGGCCGCAUACGAGUCUUUCAGAAAAGCGUUGAAAAAUGGAGAUUAUGACCACCUUGCCGAAAAGCUGCCUGACACCACGAGUUUACCAUCAGAAGAACGACAGUUUAGACUUCACUGUGACGAAUGUGACGACUUUCUAAAGAGUGUCCAAAAUGAUGUUAGAAAUAAAGAUUUAUUUAUUGUUCUUCAAAAGUACCCAUGUUUAUUUCUAGACAAUAUUGAGGUUGAAAAUGUGACUGAUGUUUUAUUUGAAGCUAGUAUUGUAAAUCAGCGUAAUUUGGACAGAAUCGGUGCCAAAGAGACUAAAUACGACAGAUGCUUGUGUUUGUUUAAAAUUUUAUUAGUGAAGGAGGAUAGCGCAACUGUGCCAACAUUGUACAAAGCGUUGAUGAAGAAAUAUAGAUAUAUUUUGAAUGCCAUGAAUCAACUGAAUCCACAAGGAAUAACUAACGAAACAAAUGAUUGCAGAGACAACGACACUAACCAGACCGUCCACACUUCUGGCCAGAGCACAUGUUCUGAUUUAAACACCAAACGUGGUAAAAAUGUUUCAAUAAGAGAUGCUAUUGAUAAAGAACAGUUUAAAAAUGGAGCAGAACCGAGUGAGUCCGAGGAGCAUGAGUCAGUUCCAUUCGACGAAGUUGAUUCAGGAUUUAAUGAAACUUGUGACAGCUUUUUACCAUUUGAAAGAGCAGAAAUACGCAGUGAGACAACGCAUCAGCCAUUGCGUUUACAGGACAAUGUGAUCUUCACCAAGACUGGCACAACCACCCACAAGGAAUAUUUACAAAGCGGAAAUGCGUUUCAUAAUGAUAAAAGCGUCAGUAUAUCUUCCGCAUAUUCAUAUAUAGAUAGUGACAAUUGUAAACAGAAUGGAUCUAGCAACAGGGUUGACGAAGGACACAAUGAGUUAUACAAACAGGUGUCAAUGAUUUCUCCGUGUAAUCAACAUCAACUACAAACUAAUUCAACAUUCGCUUUACUAAGUUCGUUAAUUAACGAAGGAAAAAUAGAUACUUUCAAAGAGAUGUCUUCAACAUUUAGUAAACAGUUUUCUCAUGACUAUGAUAUUCGUUUUAUAGUUGGAUAUUUACAUGCAAGGGCAGAUUUAUUUGCAAACGACUUUGAAUCUUCAAAAAGACACGUCCAAGCAACCUUGCAGAUCGCCAAGAAAUCAAGUAAUCCCCAUCUGUUUACGCUAGAACUGUUAAAUUCUGAAUCUAGAAUAUACCUUGGGCAAAAGCAACUUCAAAAACUUAGAACCCUUCUUGAUGAGCUGAUAGCACAAGCAAGAAGCAAUUACUUGGAAUGUAGGGGCAGACUCGCGGGAUGGCUUUUUCUCAACGAUGCCAGAUGCACAACAGCUCAAAUGUGUCAAAUAGAUUUCCGAAGGAAAACUGCUUUAAAAUUAUACAAGGAUUUGUAUGAAAAGGCUAGAGACAGUUUCUUCCGGUCAAUGGAUAACUUUACCUUUGAGAGGAAUGAAUGCGGCUUAGAGGGAGACCUAGGGCUUGCCUAUGCCGCGUGUCGUUUCGUUAUUUUAUUAAUGUGCUGUGGGGACAAUGGUUUAACAAUGGCAAAUAAAGAACUAGAACCUCCCGACAUAGAUAUCAUGGCAGCUAGGAAAUACAUCAAUCUCUUAGAAGCUGCUGAAACGUCCCUACCUCCGAUAAUACAAAUGCAAGUAUGUCUAGGAAAAUGUGACUUCUACUUCAGACAACAUGACCUACAGAUGGCUUAUAGUAUGGCAUUUAAAGCACAGGAGAUAGCCAAGGAUAAUAACAUACGAGAAUUUGAUGAACAUGUAAGGAACAGAAUUGCUGCGUUAAAUAAGUUGUGGCAUAGCAGAAAUCAUCCCAUGCACGUCUCAGAACUUAAGGAAUCCGACUCAGAAAUAAGCUAGUUCGUUUAUAGGUGCAUGAGCCUUAAUGAAACAUUAUGAUGCCCGGCGAACCCCAUGUGAAUUUGGUACCAAAUAAAUUGUUUGCUUGCUGUUGACUUAUAUGUAAAACAAAUAACUGAAAUAACAUCAUACACAAGCUUGUAACAGGUUGUAUAUUCACUCUUAAUUUCAACUGAAAUCGAACAUUAAAUGAAAUAUUAUACAAUCUGAAGACAAGAAGAACUCGUUUCAUGUAAAAUAUUUUUUCUGCAUACAAAACCCUUUUAAAUGAUACUAAAACAUCAUGGGUCAUCAAGUCAAAAUUCAACGGAAAUAAACAAACAACACAAAGACUUACACAGUUUUAUUAAAACAAAUCAGCAAGUUUAAAAAUGACAACAAGGGCACCGAAAUUUCGCUUAUAUCAGAAAGCAACAGAACGCAUGGCAAUUUCGCUGUUUCAUCGACUCCCUGACGAAAAAGAGAUUGUCAAAAGCGCCGGAAGUUGAUUUCUAGUAUGCUCAUGGCCCGGAGGGACUACAAAGAGGUCGAUACACUGUUCAUUAACAACCUGUUUUUACAUGGACCAUGCUAGGACUCUUGUGGGAGUGUAUCCAAGUGUCUUUCUUGGAAUGUAUAAGGACUUACUCAUUAGAAAAACAUCAAAUGACUCUGAAGAUUACAUUUUUGUGAGUAUGACAUUGUAUGCCUAAGUGAGUGAUUGAUUAAAACGGAACUCUA